AUGGCUUCUACUGGUUUGAGUCCUGUAAUGGCAAUUGAGAAUCUUAACAUCACACCAAAGCCAAACUGGCUUGAACUUCCUAGAGACAUAACCAAGAACAUACUGCAGAGACUUGGUACACUUGAAAUAGUUACAAGUGCAUCUGUUGUGUGCCCUCUCUGGUGGAACAUAUGCAAAGACCCUCUCAUGUGGUCCACCAUUGACAUGUUUACCGGUAUCACCAUUGACGAGAUCACUGAUCUCUUUCAGCCAGAUUCUUACUUUGAAAAUUUCAGCAGAUUAGAAAAGAUUUGUCGCUAUGCUGUUGAUCGAAGUUACGGUCAUCUCAAAGACAUUUAUAUUAAUAAAUUCGGAACCGAUGAUCUCCUCCGUCACAUUGCUCAAAGUGCAAGUCACCUGAGAUCCAUGAGGCUAGAAAAAUGCUAUGACAUUUCAACUGCAGCAUUCUAUCAAGUUGUGAAGAAUCAGCCAUUCUUAGAAGAGCUUGAUAUUUUCCACAGUUUUUACGAAGAAACAGAAUUUUUUGAACAUAUAGGCCAAAGUUGUCCGGUUUUGAAAUCGCUGAAAUUUAGCCCUUAUAUUGAGACACUAGACAGUAAGUCCGACGAUGUUGCAUUUACUAUCGCAAAAACAAUGCCUAAGCUGCGCCAUCUUGCAAUUUUGAACAAUGGGCUAACUAACAAUGGAUUGCUAGCUAUUUUAGAUGGAUGUCCUCUUCUUGAGUCUCUUGAUGUUCGAGGAUGCCUUUAUCUCGAUUUGGACGGAAGUUUGAAUCAAAGAUGCAGUGAACAGAUCAAAGAAUUAAGAUUUCCAUCUGAUUCUAUAGAUAAUAAAUUUAAGUUUGGUGAUUAUGCUAUCCAUGUGCAGUUGAGAAUGUGUUCUGAUUUAGAUGUUUCUGAUUUUUCUUUGGUAGAUCAGAUUCAGGAAAUAAUUUGAUCAAGUGUUGAAAAGCUUUUUGCAUU